UGCUGUUUUGACAAAUAUGACUGAAUUAAGAAUUAGUGACUUGAAUGGAACUAAAGUAUCUACUUUUCCACCCCUUAGUAACAUGAGAUACCUGCGGACACUGAUGUUGACAAGUUGCAACAUUAUUGGAAGCUUACCAGAGUAUCUUGGGACAAUGAUCAAUUUAACAAUUUUAGACCUCAGCUUUAACAAACUAAGUGGAGUAAUUCCAAACAAUUUCGUUAAUCCAAGCGCUUCAAUUUCCAUUUAUUUAACUGGUAACUUGCUGAAUGGACCUGUGCCUGACUGGAUGCUGCGUGGGCUGAACCUCAAAGUUGAUCUUUCAUAUAACAACUUUAGCUCAACAAGGAAUUCAAUUUGCCAAGAAAAUGUGAACUUGUUUGAAAGCUCUUCAGAGGACAAUGCUUCUGGAAUUCUUUCUUGCGAUCAUGGCUCUCGCUGUCCACGAAAUUGGUCCUCCUUCCAUAUAAAUUGUGGUGGAAGUGAAGUAGUUAUUGAUGGAAAAACAUAUGAAGAAGAUACAAAUUCAGCAGGGCCUUCAAGGCUUUUCAUAAGCAAAACUAAUUGGGCAUUUAGUAGCACUGGUGACUUUCUAUUUGAUCAUCGCCCUUUAAAGGCAUACAUUUGGACAAAUACUUCGAGGCUCUCUAUGAAGAAUUCCGAGUUGUACAUAAAUGCACGGCUUUCUCCCCUAUCCCUGACUUACUAUGGUUUCUGCCUACAAAAUGGAUACUAUACUGUAAGCCUUCACUUUGCAGAGAUCAUGUUUACUGAUGAUAAAACAUAUGCCAGCCUUGGAAGACGCAUAUUUGAUGUUUACAUUCAGGGAAAGCGGGUGCUGAAGGAUUUUAAUAUUGAACAUGAAGCAGGUGGGGUUGAUAUGGAAACCAUAAAAAAAUUUACAGCAAAUGUGACUAAAAACACAUUAGAUAUACGAUUCUAUUGGGCAGGAAGAGGGACAACCUCGAUCCCUUACAAAGGAGUAUACGGUCCUCUUAUUUCAGCCAUUUCUGUGAAUCCUAAUUUUGAUCCAUCAGAGAAUGGGAGUAAUGCAUCUAUAUCUGCAGGCAGUAUAGUUGGAAUUGUGGCUGGAGUAGUAUUUGCUAUCUUCCUAAUGCUGGGUAUUCUUUGGUGGAAAGGAUGUCUACAAAACAAUAAUACGAUGGAACAUGAUCUGAAGGCUCUAGACCUGCAUACUGGUUCAUUUACCUUAAGGCAAAUUAUAGCUGCCACAAAGAAUUUUGAUGUUGCUAAUAAGAUUGGAGAGGGUGGUUUUGGUUCGGUGUACAAGGGCCUUUUAUUGGAUGGCACUGUGAUUGCUGUGAAGCAGCUUUCUUCCAAAUCAAAUCAAGGAAAUCGCGAGUUUGUGAAUGAGAUAGGCAUGAUUUCUGCCUUACAACACCCUAAUUUGGUAAAGCUCUAUGGAUGUUGUAUUGAAGAAAAUCAACUGUUGCUAGUAUAUGAGUACAUGGAAAAUAACAGCCUUGCUCGUGCUUUGUUUGGCCCUGAAGAACACCGGUUAACACUAGACUGGCCAACUAGGAACAGGAUCUGUAUUGGUAUUGCAAAAGGUUUGGCUUAUCUACAUGAAGAAUCAAGACUGAAGAUUGUCCACAGAGACAUCAAGGCCACUAAUGUGUUGCUUGAUAAAAAUCUUAAUCCUAAGAUAUCCGACUUUGGUCUUGCAAAGCUUGACGAAGAGGAGAAUACCCACAUAAGCACUCGGAUUGUGGGAACUUUUGGAUAUAUGGCACCUGAAUACGCAAUGUGGGGUCACUUAACUGACAAGGCUGAUGUUUAUAGUUUCGGAGUUGUGGCCUUAGAAAUUGUAAGUGGGAGGAGUGCCACUAGUAGUUACAGGAGAAAGCAGGAUUCCUUUAAUCUUCUUGAGUUGGCACUGAACUUAAAGGAGAAAGGGAAUUUGAUGGAGCUAGUGGAUCCUAGGUUGGAAUCAGAUUUCAACAAAGAACAAGUGAUGGUGGUGCUUAAUGUAGCUCUGCUAUGCACUAAUGCCACAGCAGCAAUCAGGCCUACAAUGUCUUCAGUGGUAAGCAUGCUCGAAGGCAAAGCCGAGGUUCAAAGUUUUUCAAUUGAUGGUAUAGAGCCCGAGAAGACAGAUAACUGGUUCCAAUACAGCACUGAAAUCAGCACGAGUGACAGCCAUAGCCACGGUAUCUUAACUGACAGGCCAUGGACAAUAUGAGUUUUCAACUGAAAGCUCCACAUCUGCUUCUGAUCUUUACCCACUCAAUUUGAGUUUUCAAUGGGAAAAGAGAGAUUGAAGUGUUGGAGUAGCAAAAGGCUUCUCUUUUCAUCAAAUUUAAAUUUGAUGAAACAAAAGGUGGAGCGUUGGAGAUGUCUUAAAGUCUUUGUUUUUGGUCCAAUGAUCUAUUUAUUAGUAUAUGUUGUGUCCUUUUUUCAUUUUUCAUUUUUCAUUUUUCCAUUUUUGUGUGCGUGUGCGUGUGCGUGGGGUAGGCUGUUUGUUUUUGUUUUAGU